AUGUUUCACAAAGUUUUAUAUUUAAAGGAGGCGCACAAUCGGUGUCCAGAAUGCAGGGUUGUUUGCUCCAACGAAGACGCUUUGCUGAGCCACUUCUGCAGUCGCCACAUCAAGCAACCAGAGACUGGAAAAGAGAGUAAAAUUAAGCUGAUAGGCUCACCAAUGAUUGCAUCUGCUAAUCAUGAACUCAACGAAGUCAGCUCAAGGAAGUGGAAGGCAUGCUUGGAAAAUAGAAGUUUCCAUUAUGAAGGAACAUACAAACAUUUCCCACCCACCAUGUGGAUCAAGAUGUUUGGGCUGAUGAUUCUGGGUCGUAUGUGUGGACAAGGUGGUCUUCAUUACAUCAUGAUGCAGCUGUGUAUUCAACAACAUGUUAACCUGUCCCAGCGGAUGUUGAUGCUCUUAAAUCUCUUAAAUGAUGUUGAGAAAAAACCAGGACCGGUACUUUAUGACAAAAUAUACAUCGUUUAUUGAAUAACUAUAUAUAUUUAUUUUAACAUUAAAGUGAUUUUUUUCUUGCAUUUUUGUGCCUUUUGUUACUGAGAACUAUUUUAUCAUAUGUUGGUGAUUGAAACCCAGGACCUGUAAGUGCUUCUUAAUAUUUGCAACA